UGAUUCUAGACUUGAAUUGUAACUACCCCCUUUCUUAGUUUUUACACCCUGUACUUUCCAUUUUGUGUCUGUUGGCAUAAAGAAGGACGCCUGGUCGCUCGUGAGACAUUACCAUGGCAAGAUGGCCGAUUUGUGACGCACUAGGCAAGUACUGCCGUAAAAUAACACCUGACACCACUGAAGAAGAAAAAGGCGUAAGUUAGCGUCGCUUCAAAACAGGCGCGUCUGUCUGCAGACAACGAAAAGGAAUCGCAAAUAAUCAAACCCUUUUUAAAAAAGGGAAGAAAUAGUACGGAAGAGGAUUAGGCCAGUGAAGAAAAAAAAGUGGGGUGACAGGAUUCUGACUUUUUUCUCAGACUUUAAAGUGAGAAUUGUCACUUUAAAGUUAAAAUUCUGAGACUAAAGGCUUCAACAAUGUCAAAGCCCCAAUCGGUUUAAAAAUAAUUUUUAAAACAUGUGAGCGUACGGACUUAUUUGUGGCUGUCUAACUGUGCACCAAGACUGUGCACAACCAGGGGCUCACCAGAUUGGCUGGUGACAAGUGCAACUUCAUUUUAUUUUCAUGAGCAAACCAUAAUUUUUUAUACCAAUGUUUACUUAGAGGCCACAAAAAGGGGCACCUUCAGGUUGGGUCCGUUCAAUGCAGACUCCACAGGUGCACGCACCUAGAGUUGCCUAUGAAGGAGAUUGGACAAGAGCUGCACUCAAAAGGGCGUUCCUUGAUCCAGGCUAGUGGGAUGGACUUAGAACCUUGAAGGAGGGAUGGAUGGGACUCGGAGAGGGAGCUGCCGCGGGCGUCGCACUUUGCGCACUUUAGAGCAGCGAUGGGAUCCUGGCUGACACGUGCUGAGCAGCAGCAGCUGGAGCAGAGACACGGGCAGCAGCAGGACCAGAGCCAUGGGCAGCAGCAGCAGCUGGACCAGAGCCACCUGCACCAGCAGCAGCAGCAGCGGCGGCAGGGCUAUGAAGAGCUGGCACACAAGAGCGGAUGUAAGGCAAGCCCCGAGUUGAGCAGUUUCAGAGACUUUAAACUUUUUGGUGUGCCACUUCCUGUGUGUUUGUGUGUGUGUGUUUGUGUGCAUGCGUCCAAGUUUCCAGAAAGCAAAUCAAAACCCUCCACAAAAGAUUUCGGCAUCUCAGUGGAAACAAGGAGACGAUGAGAAGAGAACAUUUGGACGCCAUUCCACAACUGGCCCACAAUCCCAUCAAGAAGCAAAUCAUCGAUGCCUUCUUUGAUAAAAGAAACCAGCACCAGGGCAUGGUGGGAUCCUGCGAGGAGAUCACCUUGGAGCAGUUCCUGAUGGUCAUGAGUCACUUCCGGCCGCUCGCACACAUCAGCCGUGAGGAGGAGCGGCAGGCCGCCAGCAAGCAAAAGCUACGCCUUUUGUUCAACAUGCACGACAAGGACAGCGACGGAAUCAUCACGCUGGCCGAGUACCGCAAGGUGGUGGAGGAGCUGCUGUCCAAAAGUGGCGACUUCGGGGACCAGGUGGCCAAGGCCAUUGCCCGCGCGGCCAUGUUGGAAGCGGCCGACAAGGCGCUAGAUGACUUCUACGAGGGGAUCACCUUUGAGAUGUUUCAACUGGUACGACGGCUCUAUUUGUUUACUAGCGGUGCAACUGUGCUCGGUUUUUACACCACCGUUUUUGGUACACUUGUUUGUGCAUGCCUUCUAUCUAAAUAUUGCUUCAUUUUGCUUUUCAGCAGCACAUUACUUUAACCCCAGUUUAUAAUCCUACCUUUUAAUUUGAAACCGAAUCAAGAACCAAAAUCCCGUGGGCCAUAAGGGCGAAUUGUCCCGUGGGCUUCAAUAUUUUGCCGCGUACCGUUGCACCCCCAAAGGUUUACGUAUGAAUUUUGGGCCGGCAGAUGCUCAAGCCCUUGGAGUUGGAAUCCCGGAUGCACAUCCGCCUUUAGGUGGCAGACACCUGUUGGAAGAAUUGGAUGGUGAAGCACUGGUCAGCUCUUUGAGUCAACUCUGUAGCUUCUAUUCAA